GCGCGUUCUCUGCGCGGCGGAGUGCUUCCUACAGCAAUAGCCGCUUGACUGAAGGGGAGAUCCCGGCUCCCUUUUCGUCCUCUGCUCCCCCAGGAACAAGAGGAGUUUGCAUGCAAAAGGUGGUUUGUCGAGGCAAGCCAUGGAGGGACUUGCCUAAAGAGGAUCCGACAUAACCGACAUAAGAGCUUUAAAUUAUUUUCCCAUAUUUCGGGGGGGUGAGGAGGUCAGUGUAACAUCUUCCCAGAAGUCUCCUUUUCCAUCACAAUGGCUGAGAAACUCGGACCAAUCGGAGUUAAGCCCAUCAACAUCCGAACUGCUCCCUCGCUUCCCCCUGAGCCCAUCGACAUAAUCCGCACCAAAGCCCGCUCCCGCAGAGUCCGCCUUAACGUCGGGGGUCUGAACCAUGAAGUCCUGUGGCGGACCCUGGAUCGGCUACCCAGGACCCGGCUUGGCAAGCUUCGAGAGUGCAACAGCCACGAGUCCCUGAUGGAAAUCUGUGACGACUACAGCCUGAACGAGAACGAAUACUUCUUCGAUCGGCACCCGGGGGCCUUCACCUCCAUUUUGAACUUUUACCGCACAGGCAAGUUGCACAUGAUGGAGGAGAUGUGCGCCCUGUCGUUUGGCCAGGAGUUAGACUACUGGGGUAUUGAUGAGAUCUACCUGGAGUCUUGCUGCCAGGCCCGUUACCACCAGAAAAAAGAGCAGAUGAAUGAGGAACUGCGGAGGGAGGCAGAGACAAUGAGGGAGAGGGAGGGAGAGGGAGAGUUUGAUAACACCUGCUGCCCGGACAAGAGGAAGAAACUGUGGGAUCUCCUGGAGAAACCCAACUCCUCAGUGGCUGCCAAGAUUCUAGCCAUCAUAUCAAUACUGUUUAUCGUCCUCUCCACCAUCGCACUUUCUCUCAACACUUUACCAGAGCUCCAGCACAAAGAUGAGUUUGGCCAGUUCAAUGAUAACCCCAACCUGGCCCAUGUGGAGGCCGUGUGUAUUGCCUGGUUCACCAUGGAGUACCUCCUUCGCUUCCUGUCUUCUCCGAAUAAGUGGAAAUUCUUCAAAGGCCCACUUAAUGUUAUUGACUUGCUGGCCAUUUUGCCCUACUAUGUCACCAUAUUCCUAACAGAGUCGAAUAGGAGCGUGCUGCAGUUCCAAAAUGUGCGUCGUGUGGUGCAGAUAUUCAGAAUCAUGAGAAUACUGAGGAUCCUGAAGUUAGCCAGGCACUCCACGGGGCUCCAGUCUCUAGGAUUUACUUUGAGAAGGAGCUACAACGAACUGGGGCUACUUAUCUUAUUUCUUGCCAUGGGCAUCAUGAUAUUUUCCAGCUUGGUCUUCUUUGCUGAAAAAGAUGAAGAUGCCACCAAAUUCACCAGUAUUCCUGCCUCAUUCUGGUGGGCCACCAUUACAAUGACUACAGUGGGCUAUGGUGACAUUUACCCACAGACGUUGCUUGGAAAGAUUGUAGGUGGACUCUGCUGCAUUGCAGGUGUUCUUGUCAUUGCCCUACCAAUCCCCAUCAUUGUAAACAACUUCUCUGAGUUCUACAAAGAGCAGAAGAGGCAGGAGAAAGCCAUCAAGAGAAGGGAGGCUCUGGAGAGAGCCAAAAGGAAUGGUAGCAUUGUGUCAAUGAACCUAAAAGAUGCCUUUGCUCGUAGUAUGGAACUGAUGGAUGUAGCGGUAGAUAAAGGAGAAAACAAGACGCCUCUUGACAACCACCUGUCGCCUAGCCGCUGGGGCAGCCAUACAAGACAUGCCUCCUCUGAAACCCAUCUGAAAUCACCUGACAAAAGAAACCCAGAGUUUCUGCCGGAAGGUUCUCCCCAUCACAUAACCAUCACUACAACUGGAAGUCCACAGCGGACAAGCAGGACCCCACAGCACCUUAGUGCUCAAACACUGGAGGAGAUGUACAGUCAGAUAACCAAGUCACAGUCCUUCAGCAAUCUCAACACUACAAGCUCCAUGAGCACUCUGAGCACAACUAUGACUGCCCCGGCAUCACCGAAGAAGUCCCAUAGCCCUGAAUUUGCAUUAAAAGAGGAGGUGGGGAUGGAGAUGAAGGAAGUCCAGCCCUCCUUGCCGGAAAACUUUGGAAGCUGUUCAGCGGGCAUCGAAAAACAGGGCUCAAACUCAGGCAAGGAGGAUACUAGAUCAUGUCAGAUCAGACACCCCAGGGCCCCGCCACCUCUGAAUCUUAGCUUACUGAGGCCCAGUGAUGACCAGAGGUUUCUUAAAGAUGGUCUCUAUGAGUCCGUCAACCCAAGUGAUGGAUCAGAGCUCUACAUAGAGGAAGGGGAAAGCUGCAGUGCUGCGGAGAAUAUCCAGGGCUCUCCAAGACGGAUUAAUCCUCUAAAAAACAAAGGGUUGAAGGUCAAUUAUACAAAGACCUCUGCUGAAGGCCCUCUGACACCACCCAGUACUACUUCUCCUGGAGACAUCAGCUCCAGCAUCCUGGAAGAUGAGUCUCCAGUGGGAGAGACAUCACCACUCAUCCCUAGUUCAGAGGGGCUUCUUCAAGUCACAAUGGAAGACGUCUGCCCUCUGGCCCCUAAGAGGCUGGUGGUGGACACCCCACCAGGGGAUGAAGAUCCACAAUCCACAGAGAAUCAUGAAGAGAAGCACCUGAUGGAGGUGGCGGGAGCAGUGGUUGCACCAUUGUCACCCAAGACAGCAGCACAAAAUAGCACCCAAGGUGUGGUUGGGGCAGGCGAGGAGGUUAAGCCUGACAGCAACCAAAGUGGACACAAAGUAGAGAACCACAUGUUUACAUCCGAUAUCCACCUGAUACCCGGGGAUGGCAGCCUCUCUCCAACGUGUGAAACCAGCAUGUGAAUGUAAGGGACAUUUGAGGGACAACAGACCUAGUACAACCUCAGCCUGAAGUUUGGGAGAGCAGGGAGGAAAGUCAAGGGUGCAGCAGUGGCGAAAGAUCUUUUUGCAUGGCAUGACAAGUCUCUUAUACUUGUGUUGUUGUUGAAUUGCAGAAAAAGAAACUGCAGUGCUUUGUGCAGAUCCUGGGAAACAGUGGGCUCAAAGAGGACACUUUUGAGAAACAGAGAAUUCAUCAAAUCACGUACACGCAGGUCCUCCAGAUGUACAUAACGUCUCCUUUUUUAGCAAAAGAAGGAAAUGCACAGAGGAACUGUAAAAGCAUGCUUUUUAAAAAAAUCAAAGGACAGAUAUUUUACGGUGCUUAGUUUGCUGAAAGCGCUCCACUGUAAAUACUAGGACAUCUAAGGCAAUGACAAUGCACAAGAUGGCAAAGGAAGACAGUCACUGAGGGUACUAAUAUUUGUAAUGUAAAAAGGAAGGGGUAGGGGUUUGGAUAGACAGCCCUCAGAUUGGGUGUUGCAUCGUAGCGACCUAUUUAAAAAAAAGAAACAUAUCAUUACCUUUUGUGGCAAUGCAAAGUGUUCUCAUGAUGGCCCUGUUUCUUUGUUUUGUUUCGUUUUUGUUUCGUUUGGUUGUUUUUUUUCUCGUGAAUAACGGUGUAUGAAACUGUAACGUUGAGAUUAAUAUAUUUGUUUUUCAUAGCAGCUGUUGAACUUUCAGUUUGAGCAUCUUUGAAUCUUUGAAGAAGGAUAAAAACACCUUGAAUUCUCUCUAAAAAAAACAAAAAAAACACCUGUAGUUGCCAAGUAUUUAUCAAACCAGUAAGAAGAUGAACUAUCAGACACUAAAGCUACUGACAAUAUUUAUCACGCAGUUUCAGGCGUUAGAGAUUUAAGAUGCUCCUCGUUCAGCCUUUUGAUUCCAUCCAAAUCAGAGGAAAUGAUCUUAUUUACUCUCUAACAUCAAUUAUAUAAAUAAAUAUAUCUAUCUAUCUAAAAGUAGUUUUAAGAAUGAAAUGUGAUAAGUAGGGCUAGAUUGGUUGUAGAAAAAGUCUACAAUAUGUAGGUGAGACUCCAUUUAAAAAAACAACAAAAAAAAGAGGUAAGACUUAUUAUUCACCAAAGUAGAUUUGGUCAUUAACACAGAUAUAUGCGUUACACUAUCAUUAUCUGUUUUGGCUUUUUAAAAGUGGUAGAUUACAACAACAAAAAAUGACAGUAUUCCUUCUGAUAUCAAUGGACCAAAUCAAGCACACUGACAAGCUUUCUUCUAUCUCAACUGCAUUAUAACAUAUAUGGUAAUAACAUGUAUUUUGACAGUAGGUAUGCUUUUGGAGUUUUUUUUCAUUAUAGUUUGUUUACCUGCAUUGUGUUCAUUGCAUCCUCAGCAGCCUCAUGUCAAUGUUGACCUUUGUUCCAUACUACUGCAACUUUACCCAAUCCUGCUGAUAAGUUUAAGGCAUUUUUUUGUACAUCUGUGGUGUCUCGGACUGUAAUUUAUCGUGUUUUAUUGUGAACAAUUUUCAGUCAAACUUAAACCCAAAGGAUUUUUUUUUUCUCUCGUCGUCUCUCUUGCUUUUGUUUUACACUGACUGAAAAUAUAUCUGUUCUACGUUG